AUGGAGAACCGGGCAUCUGAACGAGACGGUGAUAUGGCUAUUGGAGAAACCGACUUAAUUAUGAACAAAUUUGGAGCGCCAUUGGAAGAUAUAUACAAAUUGGCCAUAUCUUUUUAUCGAGGAAGAAAACACAGUUGUGAGCUUAUGGUACCCUACGAAAAACGAUUGCUAUUCAUGGCAUAUUCAAAGCAGGUACGCUACGGUCCUUAUGAUGCAACUGCAGAUGAUUCUGGAUGGUUUGACCUUGUUGGUAGCGAUAGAACGAAAGCUUGGAAAGAUUUGGGUACCUUAAGUACUUCUGAUGCAAUGUCAGCAUUCAUUACGCUACUCGAUGUUGUUUGUCCAUCAUUUCGUGAUUUUGUCAACGAACAUUUACAGUCACAAGUGAAUUUCAAAAGUGAAGAACACGAGGAGAAUAAGGUCCAGUCUGAUUUUCAAGCAAUGAAUGAUUUGGAAAGAUUUGAAGUACAACGGCAACAAAUUCAGGAAGCUCUCAAUCGUCAGACAUAUCAUCAGUUUCGGGCAUAUGCUCAACAACAGUUUGUAGGCGACCCUAUCCAGGUUUGGAAUUACUUUAUCUAG